CGCGGGGAGACUCGGCGAGUCACGGGAGGGGACAAACAUCCCCUGAGCACCAAAAAAAACCAGCUGCAGGAUCUAAAGCAGCUGCGCUGCUCCCAGGACAUGCCCAGAGCCCCGCGCAGGGGGAAGGAGCCGUGAGAGGGGCAGGAUCCGCUCCCGGGAGCACCCAAAACCCGCCGUCCCGCAAUAAGAUCCAACCAAGACCAUCCCACGAGCACUAUGAGGACUCCUGCCAGCAGCAGCUCCACUCUUUGGUGCUCCACAGCCACCACCCCAGCUCCUGCUGCUCUGGCCGUUUUCCUGACGUUGCUCUUCUCCGGCACUCACAGCCAGACCCCCCGGGCUCUCCAGGAGAGCGCCGUGCCCUCGGAGGUGCUCAGCCAGGAGCAGGCCUACAGCCUGGUGCAGCCCAGCCUCUUCCAGGACACCCAGGCAUCCAACCUCUCAGGGAGCCUCCCCGGGAGCAGCAGCUCGGAGCCGCCGCUGCUGCCCGUGUGCGUGAAGCCCGCGGACAUCCGGCACGUCUUCAAGUACAUCAACACCAUCGUGUCCUGCACCAUCUUCGUCGUGGGCAUCAUCGGCAACUCCACCCUCCUGAGGAUCAUCUACAAGAACAAGUGCAUGAGGAACGGGCCCAACGUGCUCAUCGCCAGCCUGGCCCUGGGGGACCUGCUCUACAUCCUCAUCGCGCUGCCCAUCAACGUCUACAAGCUCUUGGCAAAGGACUGGCCCUUUGGAGUGCAGGUGUGCAAGCUGGUUCCCUUCAUCCAGAAAGCCUCCGUGGGCAUCACGGUCCUGAGCCUUUGUGCCCUCAGCAUUGACAGGUACCGAGCCGUGGCGUCCUGGAGCCGGAUCCAGGGGAUAGGGAUCCCCAUGUGGAAGGCGGUGGAGGUGGUGCUGAUCUGGGCAGUGGCCAUCGUGCUGGCAGUGCCCGAGGCCAUCGCCUUCGACAUGGUGGAGCUCAGCUACUGGGAGCAGCACCUGUGGGUGUGCAUGUUGGCCUCGGAGCAGAAAUCCCGCUUCAUGAUGUUCUACCGGGACGUGAAGGACUGGUGGCUUUUCGGCUUCUAUUUCUGCCUGCCCUUGGUGUGCACUGGCAUCUUCUACACCCUCAUGUCCUGUGAGAUGCUGAGCAAGAGGAACGGCAUGAGAAUCGCCCUGAAUGACCACAUGAAACGGCGCCGGGAGGUGGCCAAGACCGUGUUCUGCCUGGUGGUGAUCUUCGCACUCUGCUGGCUGCCCCUCCACCUCAGCCGCAUCCUCAAGAAGACCAUCUACGACCAGACAGACCCCAACAGAUGUGAACUGCUCAGCUUCCUCCUGGUGAUGGAUUAUUUUGGGAUCAACAUGGCCUCCCUCAACUCCUGCAUCAACCCCGUGGCUCUCUACUUUGUCAGCAGGAAAUUCAAGAACUGCUUCCAGUCCUGCCUGUGCUGCUGGUGCCAGAGGCCCGCCCUGAGCAUCACCCCCAUGGAUGAGAAGGGAUCAGUUGGGAAGUGGAAAGCCACGGGGCAGGAGCUGGGGCUGGACCGGAGCAGCUCCCGCCUGAGUAACAAGUACAGCUCCUCCUAAAUCCCCGUCCCCUGCGGGGUCAAGGACAAGGCACAGGGCCAGGACAGCAGGACCCCUCUGCCUCUCUCCCGUGGCUCCUUCCUGGCUGGGCCUGAAUCAUCUUUGCCUUCACGCUGUAACCCACCUGGCAGGAGCUGCAGCACUCCAUGGCCCCCCAGGCCCAGCUCCAGGCCCAGGCUCUGCCCCCCACCCUGAGGGAGGGGGAAGGGCAUUCACAUCCUUAUGGGAUUGUUCAUUUCCUUGCAGGAAAACCAAGUGACUUCUGGCCAUUUGUCCGGGGGUGGAACGCGGGGCUGGGGGGGGGAGAUGUGCGUGGAAAAGGGAAGGCAAGUUGGGAUGUGGUCGCUUGGAGAUGGAUGUGGGAUGAGGAGGGGAGGGAGAGGACCACGAGUGACAAUUCCCAGCUGAAAGAGCAAAAAAAAAGAGCUUUGGUUGCUGGGCCUGGAGUCGGGAUGAGAUCCAGGGAUGGCUGGCAGAGCACCAGUGGUGGGACCCCUCCUCCUGCUUGUGGUGGGGACAGUCACUCGGCCUCACUGUGUCACCAACCUGCCCCAGGGAGCCCUGAAAGCCCCCUUCUCUUCCCCUUUUCCUGGGAAUCCUGCCCCAGACUCCUGAGCUGGGAGGGGGGUGAGUGGCACAUGCAGGUGACCACGUGUGACCGCAGGGUUUGGGGACCAGGAGUCCCCAGGUGUCACUGGGGGGAACAUCCAGCCAAGCCAUCGGGUCCAGCUUCCCCUUCCCAGGACCAAGGGAGCACCAGGAUGGCUGGGGAAUGCUGUUCCUUCCAGGGAAGAGUUGGUAGGUCCAGGAAAGGGAAGGCAGAGAUGGCUCCGAUCCAGGUGAGGCCGAUCCCAAGGAUCCAGCCCUCAGCUUUCCAACCCCCCUGGAAGCACCUAAUGCUCUGCUGGGCAGGUUGGCAAGGGAGAGGAUCCAGGUGUGCCCCUCCAGGAAAGCAUCCAGCCUCAAUCCGGGCUCCUCAGCAGCUGGAAUGUCCUUCAGCCCACAGCUCCUGGGAGGGGGAUCACCCGAUCCAAAGGGAAAAAGGGGUGCCCUGGAUUUUGAUGCCUGGAGUUGGUGUUCCCUCUGCCGUGUCCUGGCCAAGGGACACCAAGUUCCACAGCAUUUGGGAGGGGACAGAGACGUCCUUGUGGUCAACUGAAGGUGGCAAAGGCAGCGGGGAAGGUCCGAUCUCAGCUGAAAGAGCCUCUGGAACGAACCAAAACAUGGCAAAGAGCUUCCUUAAAUUCCCUCCCGACAAUAUCAAUCCCCUGAGUGAUUUUCCAGCAAUUUUCGACUGGACAGGGCUUGGAGCAACCUGGUCUGGUGGAAGGUGCCAGAGAUGAUCUAUAAGAUCCCCUCCAACCCAAAGCAAUCCAUGAUUCCAUGUUUAUUCUAGCAACCUCUUGCCAAAAGUGUAAAAAAACCUACAUGAAAAAGUUUCAGUUACCAAGUCUUUGAUGAUUUUCUGUUGGUUUUCCCUUCUUUAUUAUCCUUCUUUUUAUUUCUUUCCCCUUUUCACCUUGCCACAGGAAAAAAAAAAAAGUGGAGAGAGGA